AUGGAAACUGUUUGUUGUGAAGGCUGCCUGACACUCUCACGCACUAGAGGAGAGGUUACCAACCUUAAAGAGAAUAUCCGCAGGCUUUCCAACGAGCUUCAGAAGAAGGACCUGAUGCUUUCCAGCUCCAUCAACGUGGCAGCCUCUCAGUCUAAAAGGAUCACGGCUAUGCACUCCGAUAUCUCAGAUACCUUGCUGUGGGAUCCUUUACGUCCCCGACCCUCCUCCUGCUCAACCCCAAACCCUCGGGAGUCCUGGGCCAAGGUUUUGGUGAGGAGUGGAAAACGCAGUGGGAGACUAUCUGGGUCUCCCCCACUGCUUCUCCUCACUAAUCAUUACUCGGCACUGCAGAACGAUGAUCCGGGUGAGGUUAAUGGGACCUCUUCGUUGUCUGUCCGAGCCCCCACCGAUCCUGUCAGCUGCACACCUGAGUCUGCUAAGCCUGCCUCUGAUGCAACUGUCGCUGCCGUUGCCUCCUCUUCUCCGAACAUCAUGGCUCCUGCCACAUCCUCUAAGGCUGCUGGUGGAAGCUGUAAACAGACGCUCCGGCGGACUCCCCCGCACUCAACUGGAACGGUCCCCUUCACCAGAGCAUUCACCUGCCCUGACCGCGCCUCCUCAGCCGAUCAACUGGCUCCCAUCAAAACUAAAACUGUCUCAUUCACACACUCUGCACCCUGGUACACUCCCGAACUCCAUAAAAUGAAAACCUGCAAACGCCAGCUCGAAAGACUCCACAAGAAAACCGGUUUAACAGUUCACUUCCAAUCAUACUCUGACUACCUCAAACAAUACAUGGAAGCUCUCAGCGCAGCCCGGUCUACCUAUUACUCACACCUCAUCCACUCAGGCUCAUCCAACCCCAAGGCUCUCUUCUCUACAAUAAACAAACUCCUCAAACCCAGUGACAACACCUCUCCCUCCUUCACAGCUGAUAAAUGUAACGCUUUGACACUAUUUACAGCAGCUUCAACACUCUCUUCAUCCCUUCCCGCAUUCCCUCGCCUCAUCACCCAACCUCUGUCUCAGUUCUCCCCUGUGUCCCCAAAUGAGCUAUCCAUCAUCACCUCUAGCAUGAAGUCCUCCACCAGUAUUCUCGACCCCAUCCCAUCCAGUCUCGUCAAAAACUGUCUCCCAGCCAUCACACCACUCAUAACCUCAAUCAUCAACUCCUCCCUCUGCUCUGGUUCAGUACCUAAAACUCUUAAACUGGCAGCCGUCACCCACAUCCUCAAGAAACUUGGACUCAAUACAGACAGCAUGUGCAACUUCCGCCCCAUCUCCAACCUCCCCUUCCUUUCAAAAAUACUUAAACGUGUUGUCGCCUCCCAGAUCAAAUGCCACCUCUCCUCCAAUAACCUGUUUGAACCAUUCCAGUCCAGCUUCCGUUCCCAGCACAGCACAGAAACAGCUCUCCUCAAAGUCACCAACGACCUCCUCCUCUCCUCAGACUCUGGCCUCCUCAACAUCCUCAUCCUCCUUGAUCUCACUGCAGCCUUUGACACCAUCAGCCACAGUAUUCUUCUAUCCCGCUUAGAACACUCACUCAACAUCACUGGCACUGCUCUUUCCUGGUUAAAAUCCUACUUCACCGACAGACAACAGUUUAUCAACAUCAAUAACUGCUCCUCCUCCAUAGCUCUUUUGUCCCAAGGUGUCAACCAGGGUUCGGUGCUUGGUCCCCUCCUGUUCAUCAUAUACUUUCUCCCCCUUGGUAACAUUAUCUGCCAGCAUGGUCUCCAUUUCCACUGUUAUACCGAUGACAUCCAGCUCUACAUCUCAAUCAAUUCAAUCACCACUGAAACAUGCUCUACCCUGACAAACUGCCUCAAUGAAAUAAAAACAUGGAUGCACACCAACUUCCUCUCUCUCAAUUAUGCAAAAUCGGACAUAAUAAUCAUCGGCCCUAAAUCCCUCACCAAUUCCAUUCACAACUUCUCCUUCACAAUAGACAACUCCACUCUCUCCCCCUUCCCUCAUAUCCGCAAUCUUGGAGUCAUCUUUGACAGCCAGCUCUCCUUUGAUCACCACGUCACCCAGCUCACAAGAACCGCCUUCUUUCACCUCAAAAAUAUAGCCCGCCUCCGUCCACUACUCUCAUUUUCUGCUGCUGAAACACUAAUCCAUGCAUUCAUCACAUCCAGACUCGACUAUUGCAAUAGCAUCCUUUUCGGCACACCAUCCAAAGUCCUUAAUAAACUUCAAUACAUUCAAAACUCUGCUGCACGCCUCCUUACCCACCUGCGGACAUGCGAACACAUCACCCCUGUCCUGCAAAAUCUCCACUGGCUCCCUGUCCCUUACCGUAUCCAAUUCAAAAUCCUUCUCCUCACACAUAAAGCCCUUAACCACCAGGCCCCCUCCUACCUCACGGCUCUCCUUCACCCUCACACUCCUGUGAGGAUCAUAGAAGCAACAAGCCAGCUGUGGAAACAGUCGUCAUGA